AUGAAGUCUGUGGUCAGAGCAUGUUACAGACGGACAGACGUGGCGUUGCUUGCGGCUCCAGUGAUGAACGCAGAGAUCCCCGAGGCCCCGGAGCUCCGCCCUCACUCUCCACAGACUGUGGUCCCGCCUCUUACCGCCUGUAGCGGCCUCACAGCGGCACUUCAACUGGGAUCCGAUAUCCUUCCUCAGUACAAACAGGAAGCUCCCAAGACCCCACCCCACAUCAUCCUGCAUUACUGUACCUUUAAGACCACCUGGGACUGGGUCAUCCUCAUCCUCACCUUCUACACGGCCAUCAUGGUUCCUUACAACGUCUCCUUCAAGAACAAGCAGAGCAACAUCAUCUGGCUGGUUUUAGACAGCGUGGUGGAUGUGAUUUUCCUGGUCGACAUUGUGCUGAACUUCCACACCACUUUUGUCGGCCCGUCUGGGGAGGUGGUGUCCGACGCCAAACUCAUACGAAUGAAUUACCUCAAGACGUGGUUUGUGAUCGACCUGCUGUCCUGUCUGCCCUACGACAUCAUCAACGCCUUUGAGCACGUGGACGAUGGUCUAAGCAGCCUCUUCAGCUCCCUUAAAGUGGUCAGAUUGCUACGUUUGGGCCGUGUCGCUCGUAAACUGGACCACUACCUGGAAUACGGAGCGGCGGUCCUGGUUCUGCUGGUGUGUGUGUUUGGUCUGGUGGCCCAUUGGCUGGCCUGCAUCUGGUACAGCAUUGGGGACUACGAGAUCUUCGACGACAACCGCUUGAAGAAGGACAGCUGGCUCUUUCAGCUGUCGGAGAGCAUCGGAGCGCCGUACCGCUACAACGUCAGCGGCACGGGGAGGUGGGAAGGAGGUCCCAACAAACACACGCUGUAUGUGUCCUCCCUGUACUUCACCAUGACCAGCCUCACCACCAUCGGCUUUGGGAACAUUGCACCAACCACCGAUGGAGAGAAGAUCUUUUCUGUGGCCAUGAUGAUGGUGGGCUGCAUGGGGCUGCACCAAACAAGUCCACAGUGCCGUCACAGAUGA